GGAGCGGCGACGGGAGCCGGGCCGGGCGGUGGGGGCCGGCGGCACCGGGAGCGGCGAGCAGGCCGCCUCCGCGCCCAUGUGCCCGCAGCCCCCGCCGUCCAUGGAAGUGAUGGAGGGGCCCCUCAACCUGGAGUCCAUGGAAAAAGGCCAUAAAAUAGAUGAUUUUUCCAAUACAAAGACACUUCCUCUUCUGAGAUUAUUUAACCUCAGGACAGAAGAAACAGGGAAUGCUGUCAGUGCUCUGAGGAUUGAAUGGAGGUGAAGAAGAAGAAUAUAACCAAAAUAUUUGUCAUGAAGAGUCAAGGAGCCGUGGCUCACCAGCAGAGCAGAAAAGCAGACCGUUUGUUGGCAGCAGGGAAAUAUGAAGAAGCCAUUUCUUGUCACAAAAAAGCUGCUGCAUACCUUACAGAUGCAAUGAAGCUGACCCAGUCAGAGCAGGCUCAGCUAUCACUGGAAUUACAAAGGGAUAGUCACAUGAAACAGUUACUGCUCAUCCAGGAGAGGUGGAAAAGGGCAAAGAGGGAGGAAAAGCUGAAGGCCCAGCAGAAUGCUGACAAGGAAAUAGCUGCACAUCUUCAGACUUCUCAUAAGCCAUCUGCUGAAGACUCUGGUGAUCAAAAUAUAUUGGUUCCUGUUACUCAGAGAUACAGCCCUUCCACAGAGAAACAUCCACAGGAUAUUCAGAGUGUCUUUGACAGGGACCCGGAUACACUGUUAUUUCUGCUUCAGAAAAAAAAGGAGCCGGUGGAAGCAUGUAUUGGGAGUAAAGCUCCAAAAGAUGACAAAACAAUAAUAGAAGAGCAGGCAACCAAAAUUGCAGAUUUGAAACGGCACAUAGAAUUUCUUGUAGCAGAAAAUGAGAGAUUAAGGAGAGAGAAUAAGCAGUUAAAAGCAGAAAGAGCUAGACUCCAAAAAUCUCCAGUAGAAAAGGAGCUGGAUGUAGAUGCUGACUUUGUUGAGAAGUCAGAGUUGUGGGGUCUGCAGCAACACUCAGAAACUGCUUCUUCAGCUGCAAGUUGGCAGAAGUUUGCAACAGCUGCUGGGAAGGCAAAGGACAUUCCAAUACCCAACCUUCCCCCCCUGGACAUCCCGUCCCCUGAACUCCCUCUGCUGGAACUCUCCGAAGAUAUAUUGAAAGGACUGAUGAAUAGCUAAAAACCAGGAAAAGUGCUCAAUGUAGUUACCCACACUAAGAAAAGGGAAAACCACCAGGACAAUGGUGAUCUGAGGGCAGAAACAUCUUAACACAAUCCUACUGUUGGAGAAAAGGCAUUAAAGCAACUUUGUUACUGUGAAAUACACAUCAUAUCUGAUCUACUUCGUAAAAGUUAAAGGUACCAUAAUCGGUAUAAGAUGACAAGCUCUUUAGUCUUUCUCCCAGUGUUUCAUACCAAAUGACUGCCUGGAGAAUGUUUCAAGUAACACAAUCCUUCAGGGUUUUAAAGUAUGCUAUAUGUAAUAGUUAUCUAUAAUGCCAUAAAUGAUGGUGCAGAACCUAACUGUUAUGGUUGCCAGUUGGCUGCCACUUCAUAUUGAAAAAUGCUUUCUAGCAUGAAUUUGAACUGUGCAUUUCAUUAUGCAUAACUUUGUUAAUUCAGAUACAGUGCAAUUUAUACACCUCCUAGAUGGAUUUAUGUGCCACGCUCUAUACUCCUGCGCAUGUUAACCUCAAGUCAGGAGAAAUUUUAAUUUCCAUUCUAUGAAGGAACCAACCUCUUAGUUCUGUUGACGAGGUUUUUUUGGGGGGUUAUCUGUUUACAUAACUAAUCAGGGUGCAUCGAAUCUAGCUAUUGGUUUCUGUAUAAAGUGACAUUGUUUAAAGAAGAAAAGUCUAUGCUUAAGGAAAAAUACCCUUUUUGUUUUCAGUGAUGCAUGAAUGGAAGUCAUUCUAGCUGGCAGUAUUCGAUUGAAAAAGAAAUUGUUUACAGCUUAGCCUGAUUCAAAAAGGAUAUGAAAAUAAAAAACAAGGUGUUUUGACACUAA